AUGGGUCUUACCACUACACCCCAGGGCCUCAAAAUUACACCCCAUGGGUCUUACCACUACACCCCAGGGCCUCAAAACUACACCCCAUGGGUCUUACCACUACACCCCAGAGACCUCAACACUACAACCCACGUGUCUUACCACUACACCCCAGGGCCUCAACACUACACCCCAGGGCCUCAGCACUACACCCCAUGGGUCUUACCACCACACCCCAGAGCCUCAAAACUACACCCCGAGGGUCUUACCACUACAACCCAGGGCCUCAAAACUAAACCCCAUGGGACUUACCACUACACCCAGGGCCUCAAACCUACAUCCCAGGGCCUCAACACUACACCCCAGGGACUCAACACUACACCCCAGGGCCUCAAAACUCCACCCCACGGGUCUUACCACUACACCCCAGGGCCUCAAAACUACACCCCGAGGGUCUUACCACUACACCCCAUGGCCUCAACACUACACCCCGUGGGUCUUACCACUACACCCAAGGGCCUCAACACUACACCCCAGGGCCUCAACACUACACCCAAUGGGUCUUACCACUACACCCCAGGGCCUCAAAACUACACCCCACGGGUCUUACCACUACACCCCAUGUUCUCAACACUACACCCCAUGGGUCUUACCACUACACCCCAGAGCCUCAAAACUACACCCCGAGGGUCUUACCACUACACCCCAGGGCCUUAA